GUGCCUGGAACCGCAUCGCCUCACAGAUCUCAGAUCCUCAAACUCAGAUCCCGAACGACUCAACGGUCAAUGUUGGCUUGACCUCUCUCACGCGAAACCCUUGUGAAGGUACCUGUCGACCUAAACCUUGAAACCUAAGCGCGCUCCAGCCAUAUUUAAGCUCAACCGACUCGCCAUAAACUCAUAACCAACCACUUUUCAUCUGACUUUUCUAAGCACAUCAUCUUAAUAUCCCAACAUCGGUUGCCCAAAAUGAACCCCGUUCCUCUCAUUAACCACCCUUGCACGGUUUGCUGCAGGCCCACUUCCAUGUGGUGCAGCCGCUGCCAAUCCGCGUGGUAUUGCACUCCCGAACACCUUCAAAGCGAUUGGCCGCGCCAUCGAAAGGAAUGUGUUCCGGCAACCCAUGCCCAAAAUUAUAAUAUUAUUGCCACUCCACCGCCUGCUGAGCAGCAAGUGAUUAUGGUUUCUGCCAUCCUCUUCUCCCCCGAAGAAGAGCGCCCCAGAAUCAUUACGGUCAAGUGCCGUCCAUCCCAGGUCCCAUCGCAGGGCAUGUGCCCUCAACCUCUCGUCAGCGGUCACUUCCAAGAUGGUCAAGCGGAAAGCAUUGUCUUGACGCAAGGCUUGAAUGGAGAGCCACUCAGAUUUCCCCUCCAUCUGUGGUAUUCCCCAACUGCGCUGUCGCGUUGCGCACCCAUUAAUCGUGCUAUCUACCACAUUACGUCCGGUGCCGCUGCGAAAGCUUGGUGCGGCACAGUUGUCGUCCUGAAGUUCAACGGAUCUCGGCGCCAGGGCUACUCUGAUGCAGGGUCGAAUGAUCUUCCCGCUCUCUCAGCCUAUUUUUUGGCCUACAAGUAAACGCAUAACGCGUUUUGUUCUUAAUGUGCUUAAAAAGUAGAAUAUAAGCCACAUCCCGGGAAGGCACAUGCUUUUCUAACCUUUCCAUUGCAGCAUUAUAGCUCGUUGUCGUAUAUUAUCGCACAUAUAUAUCGUUUGUUGCUUUGUUCCGAUAUCUGUAGCUCUCAUAGUGUUUUUGUUUUGUUAUUUUAUUAGAGCUUACUCUUAAUUGUAUUUUUCUCCAUAAAAUAGAUGGGUGGUUUUUUUGCAAUUGGCUGUGCAAGAUCGCGCGAGAGGUCGCGUGGAACGAUGUCGACUGUAACGUGGGCUGCAAAUUCGAUGAACCAUGACGAUCACCGUAGGCAAAGGCACCGGUAACCCGACCUGCACGCAAAGCUGUUGCUACUUGAUAAAAAGGACCAAAGCAUUGCCAGUUGUAAACGAC